AUGGCAGUCAAAGGCGAGCAGCAGCAGCAGCCGCUGCACAUCCUCUUCUUCCCGUUCCCAGCCCACGGCCACCUCAUCCCAAUCGCCGACAUGGCCGCGCUCUUCGCCGCCCGCGGCGUCAGGUGCACCAUCCUCACCACGCCCGUCAACGCCGCCAUCAUGCGCUCGGCCGUCGACCGUGCCAACGACGCUUUCGCCGGCACCAACUCCCCGGCGAUCGAUAUCUCCGUCGUGCCUUUCCCUGACGUCGGGCUCCCGCCGGGCGUCGAGAACGGCACGGCCAUUAAAACCCAGGGCGACCGCGGCAAGUUCUUUGAGGCGGCGCAGCUGCUCCGGGAGCCCUUCGACCGGUUCUUGGUUGACAACCGCCCCGACGCGGUCGUGUCCGACAGCUUAUUCCCAUGGUCCGUGGACGCCGCCGCGGAGCACGGCGUCCCGCGCCUUGCGUUCAUGGGUAGCAGCAUGUUCGCGCUGUCCUGCAUCGACACCAUGCUGCGCAACAACCCGUUAGCGACUGUCCCCGACGACCCCGACGCCCUCGUUUCCUUGCCGGGCCUGCCGCACCGUGUCGAGCUGAGGCGCAGCCAGUUGAUGGACCCCGCGAACGAGGCGGAACACUGGGGCUGGGCGUUCUUCGAGGGUCUGAACGCCGCGGACCAGAGGAGCUUCGGCGAGGUGUUCAACAGCUUCCACGAGCUGGAGCCGGACUACGUCGAGCACUACCGCACGACGCUUGGCCGGCGCGCGUGGCUCGUCGGGCCGGUGGCACUCGCCACCAAGGACAUGGCCGGGAGAGGCACCGACGCGCUCUCGCCAGACGCGGACAACUGCAUCGAGUGGCUGGACAUGAAGCCGGCCGGCUCGGUGGUGUACAUCUCCUUCGGCACGCUAACCAGUUUCUCGCCGGCGGAGCUGCACGAGCUGGCACGCGGCCUCGAGCUCUCAGGCAUGAAUUUCGUGUGGGUGAUCGGCGCCGCAUGUCCAGACUCUUCAGAGUGGAUGCCCGAAGGCUUCGCCGAGCUGACGGCACACGGCGGCCGCGGGUUCAUCAUCCGAGGCUGGGCGCCGCAGAUGCUCAUCUUGAACCACCCUGCCGUCGGCGGGUUCCUGACGCACUGCGGCUGGAACUCGACGCUGGAGGCCGUGAGCGCCGGCGUGCCGAUGGUCACGUGGCCGCGGUAUGCAGACCAGUUCAACAACGAGAAGGUUAUCGUGGAGUUGCUCAAGGUGGGCGUCAGCAUCGGCGCCAAGGACUACGCAUCGUGCGUGGAGGCCCACGAGGUGAUCGGCGGCGAGGUGAUCGCCGGAUCCAUCGGGAGAUUGAUGGGCAACGGCGAGGAGGGUGACGCCAUGCGAAAGAAGGCCAAGGCCCUCGGUGGUAAGGCGAGGAGCGCGGUGGAGGACGGUGGAUCUUCCUACAAUGCUGUUGGCCGGCUGAUAGACGAGUUGAUGGCCCGCCGGAGUUCCAUGAAGGCUGGAGAAAUGUAG